UAUUCCUCUUCCUCCUCCCACAACGCCGAACUGAUCUCUACAUCAUCCGUUUCAAGCAUGCGUGCAUCAUGGCCCUCAGGGACAGGAAGGAGAUCUCUCCAAAGACUCGCUCAUUCAAACCGAUCGUGCAGGACUCCACUCCAUCACCAACGUUGUCUUGAUCAGUCUACGGGCGCCGACUUUGGUGCCAAUACAGGACCGUCGAUUCAACACUCGUCAUCGAACGCUAGGAGGAUGCGAAAAGGACGACCAGCCAGCUCGCUACUACUAAGACACGGUGCUCUUCUGGACCAUCAUCCACUUUGCCUGGCUCCUGUUCGUUGCAACAGUAUCAUCCAGCUAUCCUCUUCCCCCAAGGGGUCGUCAUCGUCUUGCUUCCUGUCGCCCAUCUUCUCUCCUCAAAACCUCACCGGGGGGAUUCGACCGCUCGCCAGGACCAUACACCACUCAUCUCGAUCUUUGGCAUCCUCCUCGACCUCUGGCGCCUCUCCAGAAGGCGGCGCUCCCGAUCCUUACCCAUAUUCGUAUACCAAUUCAGAAGCCCUUGACUUCAAGCGGUGCAAGAACCCGACACAGCUCGAGAAAAGCAUCGAAUCCUAUCUUAAGAGCCAUCCCGAGCCGACAGAGCGCGCAUUGGUUGCGAUGCUGGCAGCAUGCGCGGAUCUGUCCAGGGCUACAGCGUCGCCAAUCGAUCACAAUCAUGGACACCAUACAAAACAGAAGCACUCGCCGCGCAAAGGGCAUCAAAUUUACGAAUCAGACACUAACGAUCUGGGGUCAAAUCUUUUACAGACCAUUCUUCAGUCGUCCAUGUUCACAGCGGACGAGGUCUACAGGAAAGCUCGCUUCAUCUAUGAGGACAUCGCGACGGGAUUGUACCUCAACGCAGGAAGGUCCGACACAGUGCGGCAGCCCAGGGUUCUUUCUCUUCCAGUCACAAAUGCGUUCUUGAAUGUCUGCGCGAUAACAGGACAUUUCGACGAGGCAUCCUCAGUCUUGAACGACAUGAUGCAUAGCGCUCAAGGUGGUGUCAAACCGGAUCUUGCUACAUAUCGAUAUGUGCUGAGAGCUGCAAGUGCGGCUCGACGACAGCUGCAGAGACGUUCUGCGGACACCACAGAACUGGAUACCAGAGUCGAUGAGUUGAUUCAGCGCGCUACAGAAGCCUUGAGCAGGCAGUCGAGAGUGGCAUUUUGGAUUAAGAUGGGACUUGGUGGACUUGUCGGGGCCACUGUGGGAAAGUUCACGAUGCUGGGUGUCAUGGCACUGCCUUAUUCGGGAAGCCUACAAGGAAUCACUGGUCCUGCAACUGAGGCGCACCCUGUGGUCUUGGACCCAUCUUUACCUGUCGACGGGAUUGUUCAGUUUCUGGCGAGUCAGGAGGUCGCCAUGGGGGUGGGACUCGCUGCGGGGCUUUUGACUGCAGGAUAUUUUAUCCGCGGAAGCACUCGGCAUCCUGUGGCUCAUGCAGUACUGGGCUCAGCCCCUGGAGAAUCCACUGGGGGCUCUAGAUCUGCGGUACGACAGCAACAUCAGCGCCACCACCAUCAUCCACAGAUCCUUCCUCGUGCGAGGAUUGCUGGCCUCUACUUUCCUGAUCUGGCGACGACGGACAAAAAGGAGAUUCGCGACUAUCUAAGAAGGAGCAUGGGUUCAUAAUGAGUGACAAAUAAAGCUGGU